AUGGACCCCGUAUUAAUCGGCGAGGCAGAGAGCUUGACGACAGCUGCUUUUUCACCAUUUUUUCAUUCUUUCCUGGCUUCCAGUUCAGCUUCGGUGACUUGGUUCUUUUCGGAUUCAUGACUUUGUAUUUAAAAUUUUUGAUCUUUUCGCUGACAAGAAACACUAGUGAAGUAUGAUUAGAGACUUUUUUUUUUGUUAUUUUGCGCAAAUCCUUGAAAAAUAUUCUAUUGAGUUAAGAUUGGACAUUGCGUUUGGGAAAUGAGGAAACUUUCAAAAUUUCGAAAAUUUAUUGAAAACGCGAAAAAUUGUUUACUAUUCUCGCCCUAAUACAAUUUGAUAAGCAGGAAAAUAAGUUCAAAAAUUCAAAUUAAAAAGCUAUAAUUAUUUCCUACCUUUCGAGAUCGUUUAUCUUCUCUUUUUCUUAUCAUUAUCAACUUCGAUGUUCCAUUUUACAGCCAAAAAUGGAGAACCGUAUGACGCAGUAUAAGAACAAAGGAAAAGAUGGGAAGGCCAGCAGAGUGGAGGAGGUAAAUUUCCCAACUCUUUUUCAGAUGAUGACUCAUUUUCUUGCAGUUGGUCUCCAUCCGAAAAGAUAAGAGAGAUGAGGCGUUGACCAAGAGAAGGAACAUGAUUGCGUGAGUUUUUUAUAUCUGCUUUAACUAAAAAAAGCUCUAACAGUAUUGUUAAUCAAAGUGUGAAGUUUGGAAUUUCCUAUGAAUUUUUUGGAAACGCUUUCUGAAGAUGAAAAUCCACAUUUCGCAACUUCUAACAACUUUUUCGUUCAAACAGAAAUAUACUUGCUUCAUCUGAAACUUCAGAGAGUGUUCGAGCAAAUUCAUAAGUCCUUCUGAUCCUCUUCCACAAAGGGUAUACCAUUUACAGUGCUGUCCAUUACGGUAUGCAAUUUCACUUAUUUUGGUAUGAGUUUUUUGGGAUCAUUUGAAACUUUUCAGGUUGUUAUUCAAGUAUGUAUGAAAGCUAGAUAUUGUGAAGUGUUUGAGCCGACUUCCAAGAGAUUUUUGCUUUUUCAUCACAGAUUCAGAAAGAAAAGAAGCUUAAACCAAAAGCAAAUGUAAAUUUGAUUGCCCUGAUGCCUUUUUUUCAAUAUUUUUUUAAAAACUGUUAUGAAAUAAUUGUUUUGAAAAAGCUUUUUAUGUGAAUUUAAGAAAAAUCUCGUAUUUAUUUUAAGAAAGUUUUUCUUUUAAAUUCUCCCUCACCAGAUGUUUUUCCCAAUUCCUGCCAAUGUUUAGAGAGAAGGAAGAUCUUGCCGCCCUUGCCGAAAUUGUUGAGAUCACAGGAGGAGAAGAUAACGCCUAUAAUACUUUGAUCCAACUUGUCCAACACGCACAGGCUCCUGAUGUCAAGACACGGUUGCAGGCCGUUCAGCAUGUGAGUGAAGUUUCGGAAACUUUGAUAGAAAAGUAUCAGAAAUUUUUUUUCUGUGAGUAGCGGUCCAAUUUUUGUUCUUGUAGUACUUUUAAGGAUGUACGUGUUUUUCUCAAAUCUCGUGUAAAAUUCAAUUUUUGGAUAAUAAUGAUGAGAAAUGUCAUGGGAAAACCGAUUUCAGCUAUUAUGUGUCUAAGAAGUUUCCCAAGGGAUUUUAAAGGAUAUAAAAAAAUUAGAUUUGUUUUCUUCCUGCCCAUGGACGUCAGAAAAUUAUCCUAAGUACUAAAACAAAAAAAAAACAUUUUUAAGGCACGUCGUCUUCUUUCCUCGGAUAGAAAUCCUCCGAUCGAUGACCUUCUGCGUAGUGGCAUUCUGCCGAUUCUUGUAAGCUGCUUAGCCUCUCCGGAGUUUGUUUUUUUUUUUUUUUAUGGAUCUAAGCGCCUUUUUCAGUGCGGAUCUGCAAUUCGAAGCGGCGUGGGCGCUGACAAACAUCGCUUCCGGAACCAAUGAGCAAACCGCCGCUGUGGUAUGAUGAUUAAUCAUUUUAUCUUUUAUCUCUUAUCUUCAACAGAAAGCCGUGAAGCUUAGCUUAAUCGAAAAAAGUUUUGAAGUGAUUUAGUAAAUUUCAAGCCCUUUUGCGGGAUUUUAUCCUCUUCAUAUGAGAGAUAUUGAAGCCUCGGCUCUGCCAUUUAAUAAAAACAAGAGCAAGAGUGUUAUACAUGAUCAAUGUCUCAUCAGUGAUUCAUGUGCAAAAUCUUCCUGGAUUGAGAAAGAAACAAGGAAUAAUCGCCGAGUUUCCACACCUUUGCUAUUUGAUGAUAAACUUCACGACUAUUCAAAAAGAUUACUUUGAACUUUUCUUUGAGUUUUCAUCUUUCAAAACCACAAAUCCAAAAAAGAAUUUAACUUUUGAGACUCAAACUUUAGGUAAAUGCGGGAGCCGUUCCUCUUUUCCUACAACUUCUCACCAGUGGCAAUUUGAACGUUUGCGAGCAGGCUGUUUGGGCUCUCGGAAACAUCAUCGGUACAUUUCCACAUCACAAAACAUCAAGAUAAUAUUAUAACUUUAGGUGAUGGCCCACAUUUCCGCAACUACUGCCUCGGCCUUGGGGUCCUUGCACCUCUGUUGAACUUUGUGAACCCGGAAAUCCCGUUGAGCUUCCUGAGGAACGUCACUUGGGUUCUUGUGAGUUGCUUUCAGACACUUCCCAAAUUUUUUUAAUCUUCUCUCAGGUGAACCUUUGCCGCGCGAAGGAGCCACCACUUCACCGCGAAGCCGUUUUGGUCAUCCUUCCGGCCCUCGCUCUCCUAAUUGCUCAUCAGGUGAGAAUGAAAAAAAAUUCUUCUUUUUUUCAACAUUUUGAGGAAAACGGUGGUAUAAAGGAAGACGGGAGAAAAAUUUUCAGGACACCAGCAUUCUGGUCGACACGAUUUGGGCCGUCUCUUACCUCACUGACAGUGGAAAUGAGCAGAUUCAACUUGUUCUGGAAGCUGGGGUAGGUCUGAUUUUUUUUUCUAACAAGAUUUGAAUCCUUCUUUUAAAAAAAUUCAGAACAAUGAAAAGUCAGGAAACACUGGUUGACUUAAAGCUAUAAAAAAACCUUUUGAAAAAGAUUUUGAAAUUUUUUAUGCGGAUCAGUCAUAUUCCAGGGAAAUUUCUCAAUGAAAUAAGUACAUGGUUUUGAGCCUUGAAUCCUUAUCAAAUUUGAAAUAAAUCACUUAUCUAGGAGAAAAAGCAAAGAUUUAAUAUCAUAUUCCAGCUCCUACCAAUCCUGAUUCCCAUGCUGGGUCAUGAAGACGUGAAAGUGCAAACUGCGGCUCUUCGAGCUGUUGGAAAUAUCGUAACUGGAACUGACGAGCAAACUCAAGCGGUUCUCAAUUGCCACGCUCUCAACUACAUGCCCAAGCUGCUGACUCAUCAGAAAGAGAAAAUCAACAAGGUUCUUUUUGAAAAUUUCAGGGCGGGAAGGUAGACGAACCGGUUUUCGGUAGUAUUUAUUGAACUGACUAUUUUAUAGGAAGCAGUUUGGUUCCUCUCCAACAUCACGGCAGGCAACACGCAUCAAGUUCAACAAGUCAUUGAUCAUGGAUUGAUCCCAUUGAUCGUGGAUCGAUUGUCAAAUGGAGACUACAACACCCAGAAAGUAUGUUCGAGUAAAAAUGAAUCGGUUCAGAAAAAUUCAGAAUGCAGUUCCUUGAAAAAACUUGAUUUAAAAUUCUUAAAUGUUCAAAAUUACUUUGCUGUUUCUUAAUACAGUUUUUUUCGCUUAAAUUGUACUGUUGAUAUUAUUAUUUAAUUUUGAAAAAGCUGUCACGUUUCCAGAACAAAAACUCAAUUCAAAAAUUGUUGGAAGAGAAUAAAAAGAGCUUUUUUUGUUUGUUUGAAAAAUUCUUUUUUUCUACCUGCUGUGUUUAUUCCCGGUUGUUUUAAUUUUGCGCUUCUCACGCAGUUUCAAACUUUCAAACAUAAACAGGCUCUUUUUUCACAUUCUAACGAGGGAAAGGCUUGAUUAUACAAUUAGGCAAUACAGAUCCAAAUAUUGAUGUUAAUACGAUAAACUGAGAGAAAUCCGUUACAUAUCAAUAUCAGAUUUUCAAAAUAUGGACUCUUGAAAAUAAAUGUUUUUCCUUUGCAAUUGGUUAUUUCCAGGAAGCCGCUUGGGCCGUCUCCAACGUCACCAUUUCUGGUGAUGCCAAACAAAUUGCCGUUAUGGUCAACUACGGAGUUGUGGCACCGUUCUGUGGUUUGCUGAGAACAAAAAGAAGUUCAAAUCCUACAGGUUUAUAUUUUUUUAACCUUCUUGAAAUAAUUAAAAAAAUUGCAGGUUGUCCUGGACGGCAUUAAUAACAUCUUGAAAUUUGCCGGACCAAACUUGGAAAGAGUCACGACUCAAAUCGAAGAAUGUGGAGGUAAUCAUCAACUUGCGCUUGUAAUUUCAGUUUUGCCAAACAUUUUUCAGGUCUGGAUGACAUUGAGAAGCUCCAGAACCACGCCAAUGAAGAAAUCUACAAACUGGCCUAUGAGAUCAUCGACAACUAUUUCAGGUAAGAGUAUUUUGUAAAACCCGGGAUCAAAGUUAAAUUUUUUCAGUGAGGACGAAGAUAAGACGGAGCCUGAAACGCAGCAGCCGCAGCCAGAUGAAAAAUGGGCCUUUUAA